UAAAAGAGACAACGGCAUAUAUCAAAAGGAAUUUGUUUAAAACCUUUUUAUUCUUAAUUGUAAUUUCAUAUCGUACACAAGUUCUGAGAAUUGAUGAGUUUUAAGUAUUUCAUAGUUAUUAUUUUUAUAAAUUGUUUUCUCAAAGAUAUCCUUUAAUAUUAUAUAUCCCGACGCUAUGAUGUCACCGGUUUUGUCAUCACUAUCACGAGUAUGCCCAAUUCACCUAGGUCAUGUCUGUUGAUGAGAAUUGCAUUGUAUUAACGAUUAACAACUGUACUCUUAACAACUGUAUUGUAGACGACUGUACUGUUAAACAUUGUACUGCAAUUGUACUCUGUGAGGCUUUCAAACAAUGGAAACGCCUGACGAUUUAAUAAUAAAAACAUGACAUUGACAAGCUUUAAGUUUAACAGAAAAUACAUAUGAAAAGAAAUCCUUUAUAAUAAUUUGUUAAGAUAUAUUCAAUGAUGAAGCGGGUUAAUUCAUACUUUAGGGGGUAUUCUUCGUAUUCAAUGGCCCCCUGAACCUGUUGGGGAAACACUAGUAUAUAAUAAAUAAAUUUAUGUCUCAAGCUUAACACUGUAGGUCAAGAUUAAUGCCAAAAUAAUGCCGUCCUGUUAUAAAUGCCAUCAACUUUGUAAGAGGUUUAUAAUAUUACCUCUAUAUAAGAGAACAGUUAGGUUUAUUCAAUUGUUAUCUUCGCAAAAAAAAAUCGCAUUGUAGAUCACAUUUCUUCUUAUCAGUGUUGAAGUCAUCAAAGAAGAUAAUAAUUUGGAAACCUUGAGUGUUGCCAUUUAAAAGUUUCCCGUUCUUAAAAUUCAAACUUAUAAACCUAUUAAAAUAUAAGAACUUUUUAUUAAAUUUAAAACUUUUUUUUUAAUUUAGCAAAAUCUUUUAGUGUCGUAGUAAUUUUAAGGAUACCUGUCAUUGAAAAUAUAAAAAAGAUGUUCGAUUGAAAUUAAUAAAGAAACAAAGAUAUUGUUUUAUACAAUCAAUGAAAUUUAAAAGCAAAUCGUAUGAUUUAUAUUUCUAUAAUGAAACCAUACAAACCUUACACACAUUAUAAUUGACUUAUUUUUUUUUAUAAAAACCCCUUUAAUAACAUUAUAGAAUAUCUGUUUACAUAAAUGUAUUAAAAUUCAUCACGUUUGUUGUCGAUAAAGAUGAGUGAGCGUUAAUUAUUUGAGCAUCAGAAUUUCAGCCAAACAUACAUAUUACAUACAAGACUUUACAUAAAUUACGAUUUGAAGUAAAAACCGCAAAAAUGUAAACCAACCAUCAAUUAAAUUUCGAACACUGAGCAGACAGUGGCUUGCAUCGGAAUAGCGCUUAAGUGUAAACAUACGUUGACGGAUUUAUUUACUUUAAUGUAAACUAGAUGGUACCGUUGCUAAAAAAUUUUUGCUAAAAAUUACUUCACAAAGGUGGGUGGUGACCUUCUAAUGUGGUAUUUUUAAACACAUCUUUAACACCACUCAGUUCGCGAACUUUGGAUUUAGUUGUUUACACUAGUAUGUCAAGGAUGAAAUGAUUGGAUUGGAUUUACAGAUUAAUAAAAAAUACAGAGACAUUAUGACGAUUGAGUAAAACUAUGAGCUACUCUAUGUUUAACUCUCACUUUUAGUUUUGUCUUCUUGUAGUUAGAAAUGUAGACGGUAAAUCAAAAGAAAGUAACAUUGAUGUUAAUUAACUAAUUGCCGAAACGAAUAUCUUAUGCAAAACUAUUUUAUUUCAGGAAAUAACAACGAGUUGGUGAAAAAAAGCCAUUUUAAUGACGAAAGCGAAAUAUCUUUUCUACAUGCGGCGUCACAACAACUUCAAAGGUCUCAAGAUGAUAAACUUCAGAUUCACCAACAAGGUUCUGCAGAAUGAAGUAGCGGAAGCCUUCCUCAAUAUUCAUAUCCAGGAGUUAGAAGCUAGACAUAACGUUACCUUAACAGAAGAUCAGUUCAAUGUUAAUACACAAGUCAAUAGGGUUACGCGUAAUAGUCAAGGGAAUAAAGCAUCCGUGCUUUAUUCCGAAAGAUCUAUAAAGAUGUCCAGAAAAGAUCUGAAAGUAGGUCGUUGGGUUAAGAUUAAUGUGACCACAAUGGUCGCGGAGUUCUUCAGGUUGCCGAGAGAGAACCUGGCUAUAGUCGUGAGAGUACAAGACUCGAAAAAUAGACUGAGUUUGGGAGUGCCACAUCUCAACUCGGAAUCAAAUGCAUUGAUGCCUUACAUAGAAGUAAGUCUAAGGGAUAAUUCGCACAAAAGAACCCGAAGAAUGAUCGGGAUGGAUUGCACGGAGAAUUCAAAAGAGGCCAGAUGCUGCAGGUACCCUCUCUCGGUCAACUUUGAGGAGUUCGGAUGGGAUUGGAUCAUAGCGCCUAAACAAUACGACGCCAAUUACUGCAGCGGAGAAUGUCCAUACAGCUUCCUACAAAAAUAUCCCCACACCCAUUUAGUCCAUUUGGCUGCUCCUCAAGGCAGCGGCGGUCCUUGUUGCGCUCCAAGAAAGAUGAGCAGCAUUUCCAUGCUGUACUUCGACCAUGAUCUUAAUAUCAUCUACGGAACCAUACCGGGCAUGGUCGUAGAGAGCUGCGGCUGUUCAUAGCGACAGCGAUCUUCUGCAGUACGGCCUGCAAUCGGACGUUUGAAGGCCCGAUUCACUUCUUUCGUAUUUAAUUUACUUGGGACUUUAAGUAGUGUCUCUAUUGUGAUACAAUCUGUCGAAGACUGUGAACCCUUGUGAUGUGUGUCGUGAGUGUGACUAUGUACAUUUAUUAGUACAUCUAGUAUAAUAUUUUCCUUUUCUGAUUUUUGUUUAUCCCAGUAUAGAUUGGUUUGUUAGCUUUCCUAAGACUACAUAAUAUAUUAAUCUAUAAUGCCAUUAAUUUAAACGAACUCUACUUAUGUACUUUUAACUCAUUUAUGUGUUCUUGGUCUUAUAUCCAAAAAAAAAUGUAUAGAUUUCUUUAUUAUUAUUUUUUUUGAUCAAAUCGUAUUAUUUUCUUGAAAUUACGGUAAGUGUGGAUAUUUGUAUUGUAAUAAGAUAAUUCUGAUAAAACUAUCUUGUUUCCAACAACAUAACUUUCUAUUUCUGAAGUGGCAUUUAUUUUCGGAAUAGAUCUUAAAUACUAGCAUGUAAGGUAUAUUUUCAUUUGUAAGUAGCUAAAAUGCAACACGGGCACAUUUGUUCGAUCCGAUCAAAAUUCAUAAUAUUUUCCAUAUUAUUAUUAUUCCUUUAAAUUUCUAUAGGACGAGUAACUGCCAAGAAAAUAACAAUAGCAUAUGCAAAUUCGUUGCACACAAUGGUGCCUUUUAAAUUUAAAGGUUUGCCCUUGGGAUGAGGUUUUUGAACUAACGUUCGAAAACAAUGGUUGUAGAUUCAUAUAAAAGGCCUAUUUGUCAUUACAUAUGAAAAAAUGUUGUUUUCUGAUGUAACUUAUUAUAUUCGCUGACAAUCUGUGCCCGUGUUGACCGUCUGUUGAACUGUCGAACGUGUUGUUUGAGUAAGGUGCCUAACGACAUUUUUAUAAGAAACAUCAAAAUUUAUACAUAAGUAGUUAGUUUUUCUGUAACGUCUGUGUAUUUCUAAUAUAUUACUCGUAAAAAAAAAUUCUCUUGACAUGUUUCGGAUCUCGUUCAAAAUUUUUAUUUUUUUAUAUGAAAAUGGUUUUACUAGUUUUAGCGGGUGGUGCUUAACUGUAGGGUCUUUAUAAUGUUUCGGUGACGCCAGCACCUACCCUGUUAAUUGAAGCGUAUUAUAUUUAGUCUUUGUAAGUUAUAGAAGUGUUCAAUAUGAAAAUUUUCAAAAUUAGAUCUCAUUUUGAGGCAGCCGUUUGAUUUUUUUUGGUUUGUCGUCAAGAUCUCCCGUUGCGUUUGACAUUUUUAUUUUAAUUAUUAUUAUUAUUAUUAUAUUAUUUUUGAGUUUUGCAAUGGAAAUGUUUCUCUACAAACAUUUUAGUUUUAAGUACAAUUGUUCUUCCUUCCGUAAGUCGUUGAAUGAUCAAAAUUUAACUAACAAUCUUGUGUCAGGAAUUUUGGAAUAAAUUUUCAAUCUACA